AAACUAAAAUGCAAGUAAAACCCUGGAAUAAUCUCCUUCUUGUCAAAACUACCCCCUAUUUUAAAGUAAAAACACUCCACAAUCUGUCAUGUUUAAAGUCAUCGUCGUCCUUGGAAAGAAGCCAUUAACAAUGAUCAACACAGUACAAAGAAGGAAGCUUCUCUACGAAAGAGAUACAGUCGUUUUUGUUGUCAGGUUUUCAUUUUCUUAUCCUCUACAGGUAAAAGCCUUCUAAAGCCUCUCUCAGGUUCUCUCUCUUCUCUUGUCUCUUUGCCUCUCCUUGUAUUGUUUAACUUUAAGAUAAUGAGGAAAAAAAAACUCAGUUUUUGCAUUAUUAAUUGCAUCAGAAUUCAAUUCUGUUUUGUUAUUAUCUCAUGGUAAUUUGGGUAUGAAGUUAUUUCUUUUUCUUAAUUGUUGUUUUUAUUUUUAUUUACCAAAUUGCUACUGUUAAGCAAUGAGUUGAUCAGCAAAUUUUGGACUUUAAUGAUUAUUAGUAUUAUAUCUAGAAAGUCAAAAUGGUUAUGGACCCUUUCCUUCCUUAGAAAGAUAUUCUUGAUAAAAAUGGAAACUUGAUUCCUUGUCAAGAGGGCAAUCAAGUUUGAGAUGAGCCACUGCUAGCUCAGACCAUGGUAGAUCAUGAAGCUACUUGUAAGUUGUAGCUGUAAAGUUGGGAUUUUUGUCUUGAUUUAUCAUAUCAGUGAUUGCCACCAUAUGGUUAAAGGGGGUUUUUUGGGGGGGGGGGGGGGAAUCUUCUAUAUCAGUUGAUUGUUAUUUGUCGUUUCAGGUGACCCUUCAAUGAUUUUGAAGGGAUCUGGAUCUGGAUCUGCAGAAUUUUGCAGCCCUGCUAUGAAUCUGGCUUGACUGAAUCACAAUGUCAGCUUAUGGCCAUCAAAUGGAGCGGGAGUUCUCCUCUCAGAGUCUCUUGAGUAGGGAAGAUACUGAGAGUGGAAGCCAAUAUGUGUUGGACUCGGGAUUCUACAUGAAAUCUUUUGCUGCAACAAUCUUCAUUGCUGGUCUUCUAAUUGUUGGUGUUCUUUUAGUAACUUUAAUUGUAACAUUAGCAGUAAUGUUGCAAUCCUGUGAAAGUAGGAGCAAGGGAGUAGUGGAGAUUGAGAAAGCAAGUGAUAGCUACCAUUAUUGCAAGGCUUUUGCUUUACAUGGGGAGCUCAACAGCUUGGAAGAACCCGAGAUUCCUCCAGUCUGCUGGAAUCUAGCCAUUCAUUAUAUCGAAGGGGGAGAAUAUGAACGAGACUUAAAUUUCACGAUUUCAAUGAUUGAGAGCUUCUUCGAUACUAUUUCACCAUCGGACAAUCAUUUGGAUGCUGUGUUAAUGGACAUAGAUGACAUCCUUGCUUCAAAUCAUACAUACUCCCAUCAAUCAAUGCACCAGCAACAGUUCAACCAAUAUGGCUCUAACAAACCAAGUGGUUCCAUCGAAGAUGCGGCCAAUCUGAAGCACUGGCGAAUACUGGAAUUGUAUGUGAAACUUAAGUCAAGAGGAUGGUCUUUGAUUCUAUUAUCAAGGAAGCCUGAGAGACAGCGAAAUGUUACUGCUGAACAGCUCAAGGCUGUGGGAUUUAAUGGUUGGUCUUCUUUGAUUAUGAGGGCAGAUAGCGAAAUGGAAAUGGAAACAUGGGAAUACUUUCGUACACGAAGAACAGCAAUGAAAGAAGAAGGCACUCAAAUAAUCAGUGUCAUUAGCAGCCAAUUGGAUGCUUUAACGGGCUCAUCUUUGGGAAAACGUGUUUUUAAGCUUCCAAAACCUCUGCAUUACAAUUCUCAAACCCCAACACUUUGACGUUAGAUCUGGCGUCUCCUUUUUUUUCUUCUGCUUACAGUUUCUGGAAAUUUUCAAUUAAACAACAUGGACGAUUGGAGACUUUCGGGAUAUUUGUAUCUACUUCACCCAAUCUUCUUUUUCAGACAUUGGAAAUUAUCUAACUUUUCAAAAUAACAGACAGAACCAUGCAUCAACUAAAACAAUAACCAUUUUUAUGAAGCCCAACCAUGCCAAGCCUUCCUUUUUAAGCAGAGACACUCACCAAGUUUGUCUUGAAUAUAUAAAAAUUGAAGUAUUAUAUUACAAAUUUUAUAGAGACCACUUCAACAACAAGCGUUAGAUGUGAGCAUAAUUUUUUUUCUAUGUUUAUCAUGUAUUUGAAAGAUGAUAUCCUUUAUAUCUAUAUUUGAGAAUGUGUUUAAAAUA